AUGCAGAAAACUAAAAAGAAACGGGGAGAUGAGGAACCGAUGGAAGUCGACGAAGAUCAGAAUGGCGCGGUUUCAGGUACCGAGCAAGAUUACCUGAUAAAUGGUGAAAUAGACCAUAUCACUGAAGAAGAAGAAGGUGGUAUCCGUAUAGGGGAUAUCUAUAUUCCGCCUGCUCCUGCACCAGCCUUAACGUUCGACAGUAAGGGUCCAAGGUUGAUAAUAACUCAUAUUGUGAAUGAGAAUUUUAAAAGUUACGCUGGUAUUCAAACUCUGGGCCCAUUUCAUAAGAGUUUCACAGCAAUCAUUGGACCAAACGGAAGUGGUAAAAGCAAUGUUAUCGACUCAAUGUUGUUUGUCUUUGGUUACCGUGCGACGAAGAUCAGGUCCAAGAAAAUCUCAGUACUUAUACAUUCGUCUAGCAAGUACCCGAAUCUCACUAGGGCGACUGUUGCUGUACAUUUCUGUGAGAUUAUUGAUGGGGAUGGUGAAGAAUUCACAGUGGUACCCGAUAGUGAGAUAGUAGUAUCAAGAACUGCUUUCAAAGACAACACCUCAUUCUAUACAUUAAAUGGUAGAAGAACUCAGUUCAAAGAUGUUGCCAACACACUCAAGUCGUAUGGAAUUGAUCUGGAUCAUAAUCGGUUUCUAAUAUUGCAAGGUGAAGUGGAACAAAUAGCUAUGAUGAAACCAAAAGCUCAAAAUGAACAUGAAUCUGGAAUGUUGGAGUAUCUAGAAGAUAUCAUUGGCACUAGAAGGUACAAGGAACCCUUAAAGCAAUUAAAGGCCAGGGUAGAAGAAUACAGUGAAGCACGUAAAGAGAAGUUAAACCGUGUCCGCCUUGUUGAACAUGAGAAGCAAGCAUUAGAAGAACCGAUGAGAGAAGCUGUUGAGGUUAUGAACUUAACUAAUAACUUAUUGAGGACUAGGAAUACAUUACUGCAGAAAUAUAUUCACGAAACAAAUAAGAUAAUAGAAGAUAAACAGAAGGAACUACAAGAACUUUUGGAUAACUUGACCAAAAUCGAUGAGAAUUUGAAUAAGCUAAAAGAAGAAUUGCAUGAGAAAACAACUGUCCUUAAGGCUGGAACACAAAAAUACGACGAACUAAAACAAAAAAAAGAAGAAAUAGCAGAAAAACUACAGAUAUGUAAGAGAAAAACUGUCACAGCCCAAGCGGACCUGACACAGAGUAAUAAGAAGAAGAAGAAUUUAGAUCAACUGUUAGAGCAAGAGAAGGGGAAACUUAUUGAUUUGGAACUAAUCCCAGAUAAGAAUAAGAGAGAAAUAGAAGACUGUGAAAAGCUACUUGAUAAGCAUAAGGAAAAUAAAAGAGUGGCCGAAGAAGAAUUACAAACUGUUGUGGCCAGCGUCAGAACUAAAACCCAAGAUCUUCAGGAACAAAAAGAUAGGUUACAAGCAAAACUAAUCGAUCUCAAGAAGAUAGUUGAUGAGGCUAAUAAAGAUUAUAAAUUAGCAGAGUCCGAACUUAAAAUAUACUUAAGUACCGAGACGAAAGAAACGGAGAAACUGGAGAAAAUAAAGGCGGCAUAUGAAAAGGCUGUUUCAGAUUUAGAAGAGAAAAAACCACUACAACAGGAACUGUCUUCGACUUUACCAGCACAUGAAAAGAAAUUAGGAGAAGUACAGACUAAACUGCAAUCAUUGAAAAAGGAGGAAGCAAAAGUCUCAAGCGAAACAAGAUCAUUGAGAGCACAAUUAGAAGAGUCUCGUCAAGCGAUGAGUGCUAAUCGCUCCCGCGGCCGUGUGCUGGAUGCGUUGAUGAAAGAAAAAAGGGAUGGACGAUUACCUGGCAUCUUUGGGAGAUUGGGUGACCUUGGCGGAAUAGAUUUAAAAUACGACGUAGCGAUAUCAACAUGUUGCGGCGCUUUAGAUAACAUAGUGGUCGACACAGUGGAGACAGCCCAAACCUGUGUGGAACAUCUCAAGAGACAUGACAUUGGACGUGCAACCUUCAUUGCGCUGGAUAAGCAACAGCACUUGAUGCAGCACAUGCAGAGAUCAGGUCAAUUCCCUGAGAACGCACCACGUCUUUUCGACCUUGUAAAGGUAAAGGAUGACCGAGUGCUGCCCGCCUUCUACUACGCGUUACGUGACACACUCGUCGCUAGCGACCUGGAGCAGGCGUCUCGUAUCGCUUACGGACACACUCGGUACAGGGUUGUCACGCUCAAAGGCGAUGUUAUUGAGAUCGCUGGUACUAUGUCUGGCGGAGGUAAAACGACAAUGCGCGGCCGAAUGUCCAGCUCAGUGCAGCAAGACACCAGUGAGCAAGAUCCCAGGGUGAUUCAGGCCAAUGAGAACAAACUUACUUCAUUAGAACAAAGAUUAACCGAACUGCGUGCUGAACAGUCUGAGCUGGAGGAAACCGCCCUGUCCUUACAAAGUAGUAUUCGCGAGGGGCGUACCACAUUGAACAAACUUAACAUUGAACUGAAGAGUUUGGAGGAACAAGUUCCUGUAAUGAAGAAUCAAAUCAAACAACAAGAAUUGAAAGCUACUAAGAGCAAAGUAGAUCCGAGGAAGAAGGCAGAGUUAGAGGCCACACUGAAUACUGCAGAGGAGAAACUUGAAACGGCGAAACACAAUGCUGCAGAGGUUGAAAAAGAAGUACACGGAGUUGACGCUCAAAUAUCAGCUGUGGCCGGCGGCAAAGUAAAGGAUCUACAAAAGAACGUCAACGAUCUCACCAAGAAAAUCGACAAAGUGUCGACCGAGAUUACCAAACUCAAAGUCGCUAUUAACACUAGUAUAAGAAAUGCAAAAAAAUCAAAAGAUAAGAUUAACCAAAUGGAGUCAGAUCUGAAAGAAACAGAGAAAAACAUCGAGAAUUUGAACAACCAGAAAAAACAACUUACCCUGGACAGCCAGCAAUUUCACAAAGAGAUAGAAGAGCUAGAAGAACAAAUAGCGGAAGGUUCAGGAGAAUUCUCGGGGCUUAAGCAAGAGAUAUCCAAACUGCAGACCAAAGAAAACAAAAUGAAAAGCGAGAGGCUGGAGGCAAAUAACGCAAUCACUAAGAUGGAGAAGAUGAUACAAGACUGUAAGACCAAAACGCCCCUGUGGGAGAAAGAACUAGCAUCACUAAAACUAGAAGACCCUGGUUUAGAAGGUGUUCCAGGUAUAGAACCGGUUGUACCUCUUGUACGUCAUACAGAUGAGGAGUUGGAGGCGGCAAUGGUGGAAGAACUGCGGAACCGGGUGACUGCUCAGAAGGCGAGGAUUGGAGAUACCAAACCUAAUAUACAGGCUAUACAAGAUUACAAGAUCAAAGAACAGUUAUAUUUGAGGCGGGCAGCUGAAUUAGAUGAAAUCACACAAAAGAGAAAUGAAAUGAGGGAAGUUCACGACCAACUCAUAAAGAAGAGGAGUAAUGACUUCAUGGAAGGUUUUAACCAAAUAUCAAAUAAAUUAAAAGAAAUGUAUCAAAUGAUCACACUGGGAGGCGAUGCUGAAUUGGAACUUGUUGAUUCAAUGGAUGCGUUCAUAGAAGGUGUCACAUUCAGUGUACGACCACCCAACAAAUCUUGGAAGAACAUAUCCAACUUGUCGGGCGGUGAAAAGACACUGUCGUCUUUAGCGCUCGUCUUCGCCCUGCAUUAUUAUAAGCCAACACCGUUGUAUGUGAUGGACGAAAUUGACGCGGCUCUGGACUUCAAGAACGUCUCUAUUGUUGCUAAUUAUAUAAAGGAUCGUACAAGAAACGCCCAGUUCAUUAUAAUCUCAUUACGAUACAAUAUGUUUGAAGUAUCCAAUCGUCUGGUGGGCAUUUACAAAACUGAAGAUUGCACAAAAUCUGUAACCAUUGACAACAAACUGCCCGAACAACCUUCUAACGAUGGUGCCAACGAUGCCCCUGCCAAUGGUGAAGUCACUGCUAACGGUCUAUUCCCUGCUAACGGUGUAAGUCCUGCUAACGGUUUAGUGCCUGCUAACGGUGUAGUCCCAGCUAACGGUGAAGUCCCUGCUAACGGUGAAGUCCCUGCUAACGGUGAAGUCCUUGCUAAUGAUGCCCUUGCUAAUGGUGUCGCCCCAGCCAACGAUGCCCUUGCUAACGGAGUAUCCCCUGCCAACGAUGCUUCUGCUAAUGAUAUUAUUGUCUCUUAA